AUGUUUGGGAAACAAGACAAAAUGGACGUUAGAUGCAAUUCAGAGCUCGAAACCAACCGGCUCUCCAAGAACGGGCAUAAAGAAGGCAAGGAAAGCAAAAGCUCCGAAGGAAAUAUUUCGAAUUCUUUUUUGAAGGAACCGCAAGGGACUUUUUCGGCUUCGGGCGUCUCGGAAGAUUGCAAUAAAAAUAAAUCCAGUUCCGCUGACCCGGAUUAUUGCAGAAGAAUAUUAGUCCGAGAUGCCAAAGGCUCCAUCAGGGAGAUUAUUCUUCCAAAAGGGCUUGAUCUCGACCGCCCCAAGAGGACUCGAACUUCUUUCACCGCUGAACAACUUUAUAGGCUUGAGAUGGAAUUCCAGAGGUGCCAAUACGUGGUUGGACGGGAAAGAACUGAGCUGGCCAGGCAGCUCAAUCUCUCAGAAACUCAGCACAACCUCUUCAGCCUGCCGGUGCCCACCCUGCUGGGCUCGGUGGCCAGCCGGCUCUCCUCCAACCCGUUAGCAAUGGCCGGAUCCCUGGCCGGGAACUUGCAAGAACUGUCGGCCCGGUAUCUCAGCUCCUCCGCCUUCGAGCCCUACUCCCGGACCGCCAAUAAAGAAGGCGCGGAAAAAAAGGCGCUGGACUGA